GCUCAAAAUGCACAUUUAAUGUCUUCUUAGAUAGCUAUAUAUCUAGCUAAUUAUUGCUUGAACCGAGCGACAAAUAAUAAUUCACAAAUUGAUUCAAAUUUCGAUUUGGAAUCUUCAUGGGAAGCCAGCUAAAAGAAGGAAAUGUGGCCGCCACACGUUCUUAUCUAUAUCAAAGUCGAUUCUCUUUAAUUAAACACAUUAAUUUGACCUUCACGGGGAAAAAAAAUCGCCUCAAGCCUAUAAAUAAGGUUCCUUUCAUCCUGGAAAAAUCACAAGGCACACACACACACACACACACGAUUUCUACUCAUAAAUUAAACCAUUGAAUAUGGCAAAUUUGAGCACUAAGUUUCUUGCUCUAGUUGCCUUUUCACUGUUGCUUCUCAGCCCUUUGGAUCUUGUGAAAGCUCAAGUACCCAUAGCACCAGGCCUUUCUUUGACUUUCUAUUCCAAAAGCUGCCCUAAUUUGGAAUCCAUUGUUAGGAAACGUCUCCAGUCGGUGUUUAAGGACGCCGGCCUAGCUGCCGGCGUUCUCCGUCUCCAGUACCACGAUUGCUUUGUCCAGGGUUGCGACGCUUCAUUGCUAUUGGAUGGAUCGGCAGGGGGUCCAAGUGAAAAGAGUGCCAUUCCUAACUUGACUUUGCGAGCUCAGGCCUUCAGAGCCAUCGAAGACCUCCGCAACCGUGUGCACAAGGAGUGCGGCCGGGUUGUUUCCUGCGCCGAUCUUGUUGCUAUUGCCGCAAGAGAUGCUGUUGUCUUGACUGGAGGACCUAAUUAUAAUGUUCCACUAGGAAGAAGGGAUGGUUUGAACUUCGCAACGGCAAAUGCAACAAUUACGAACCUUGUCGCACCAACUUCUAACACAACCACCCUCCUAGCCAAGCUAGCCGUCAAGAACUUGGACGCAACCGACGCCGUUGCCUUGUCCGGUGCUCACACCAUCGGAAGCUCUCAUUGCACGUCAUUCACCGAACGGCUUUACCCGAACCAAGAUCCAACCAUGGACAAAACCUUCGCUAACAACCUUAAAGAUACUUGCCCGACCCCGACCACUAAUAAAACCCUUGACAUGGACAUCAGGAGUCCAAACCUGUUUGAUAACAAGUACUAUGUGGAUCUCAUGAAUCGGCAGACACUGUUCACCUCGGACCAGGACAUGUACACGGAUAGUCGGACAAGGGGAAUCGUCACGAGUUUCGCGGUGAAUCAGACGUUGUUUUUUGAGAGAUUUGUCAUUUCAAUGUUGAAAAUGGGGCAGUUGGGUGUGUUAACCGGGAGCAGCGGUGAAAUUCGGGCCAACUGCUCAGCUAGGAACAGUGACAACUUGUUUAUUUCUUCAGUGGUUGGAGAUGAAGGCUCGCAUGCUUCACAGUUUUAGUGUGUGUUUUGGUGAGGAGGAAAAUAAAAAUGAGUAAAAUCACAGCUUGAUGUUGCUCUUUUUAUGUGAAAGCAUAAAAUUGUGUAGUGUUGUUUUCUGUAGUGACCAAGAAGAAGUUGGUUUUGUUGGCUUGGUCAGCUAAAUUAAUGAUAACCCUUUUUUGAUAUAUUUUUUUAUGGUUUCUCUUAAGCAAGACUUGAAGGCAUCUGAUUAAGAUUUAAAAAAUCUACGAAGAACUUUACCAAAAAAUAUAUGCAAGGAUCUUUCCGAUACGAGUUAUCUUUAA